AUGAGUUCCAACGGUUGCUCUGGGGCGUCUUGUGUGCGAUUCGCGACGAGCGAUCGCGACAUUUACAUCGGUUUGAGCGUGUACAGUGCGGUGGCUUUCUUAGGGUUGACGCUCUUCGGGCGCGUUCGACACGUGAUGCCAAUUUAUUUUGGACGACUACGGCUGCGUAAUCUGACGCUGCCGCCGCCGCCGUUCAGGGUGCCGAGGAAGAAAGACUCCAAACGAGGACCGGUGGCCAAGUUGAUGAUGUAUUAUUUUGGAUGGAUUCCGCACGUGCUGAGCGUGGACGAUAAGAAGCUGAUCUCCACCGCUGGGUUGGAUGCGUUUGCUUUUUUGCGCGUCUGUCAAUUUGGGUUGCAACUUUUCCUUCCACUUGCCAUGAUUUCUGUUGUUGUUCUGCUACCUUUGCACAUCAACGGGGAUGAUUUAUCAACGCAGCACGAUGAUUAUAUGAAGUUACACCCGAACUCAACCGCACAGGCCCCGGGGGGGUUGUUACUCACCACGGUGGCAAACAUCUCGAGCAAGAGGUCCGUGCUGUGGCUGCACGCAGUGGGGAUGUGGUUAACGGUGCUGUACACCUGUUGGUUACUCAAACAGCAUACCGCCACUUUCGUCAUACUGCGAACGCUUUACCUGACGACGCGUGGUGACACCAAUCUUUGGCAGGUUGUUCAUCAACCAUCUAACUUCAUCGAGCAGAUGCUGGUUCAGGGAACGCGGGGCGGUGCAGAAAUCAACGAUGACGAUCUGAGGAAGGUAAAAAGUGCGACAUCGGAUGAGAUUGGCGACGCCCUCUCUGCGAUGGAAGAAUGUAAAGACGAACAUACGGACUUGCUGUCGCGAGCAGUGGAGUUGACGGCGAAAUCGACGAAGAAUUUGCUUACGGCGGCUCGAAACGUGCGAGUCGCCGACACCAAGGACUCCAGCGAUGAAGAACAUCUCAGGAGGCAUGACGGUGACGAAUUAACAAAAGUAAAUGCUCCCCCAUCAACGUUGGAUCGACGAAGUUCAGGAGAUAGAGCGCCGUUGUCGAGGCAGACACCGAAGCCUUCGCUAAGGCUUCGGGAAGGAAUUUCACCUUUCGACCGGAAGCUGUCUAGACAGAUAUCACUGUCUCAGGUGACAGGUCAUCCGGUUACGGUACAGGGCAACGUCGCUCAGGGGCUGAAGGGUGCGGGUAAACUGAAAUCAAGCGCUUCGCCAGACGGUGAAUCACUUAGGCAAAGGUUGUCAACAUCUCCAACAUCUCCAGGGAGCACGCCAACGGCAUUCAAUCAGGGCCAAGGCUCGUUCAUCUCUGGGCAAGCGUCGUCGAGGGAAAUCAAAAUACCUCCAGGACCUGUGAUAGAGUCCAAGCAGAUUUCAUCGUUCACUUCAGGUUCGGGGGAAGGCUUGGGCGAGAUCGACCUCAGCAUAAACCCUCCGCUGAGCGAACCUCCCAGCGCUGCGAGGCGAAAACAACGGAAAUUGCGGUUGGGUUCUUUUGGUUCGUUGGGCGCUCUACCCGCGUCCGUCAGCGGCGACUUGCAGCAACUCACCCAAUCGGACGAAAUAGGAAAGGGAGCGUCUCUACGGGUGGGAUCGAAGGAAGACCUCACGAGGAACGAGCUUAUGCGAGGUCUCGUGGGUGAUAUGAAACGUUCUGAAAGUUUGGAGUUUCUGUGCAAGAGUUCAAAGAAAUCCCCGCGUCGUAACAAACAUCAACGAAUGCCGACGUUUGAGGAUUUCAAGCUAGAUGAUGUUGCGCUAACGCCGGCGGUGAAGAAGGCGCUUGCGAGGGUUAGGUCUAUGGAAAAUGCACGCGACAUUGAGCGCACGAGUGAUGAGGACGGUUCGAAUGUUCGGAGUGAAAUCGCGAUCUCUCACGAUUGGUGGGUUGGUUUGGACAUCACGAGAGAGUACGAACGAUCACUGAGAGAAGAUCCGGGAUCGUGCGCGAUCGCCGCCUCACCACCACAAACGCAGGAGAUGAGAAACGAGAUCAAUCGCAGUCUAGCACAAGCAUUUGGUGACGUUGCUGGGCGAAUUGACUCACCGUUGAAUGAUGCGGCGAAUUCUCCGGUGACCCGCGCGUCUAUGGCGGUCGGUGACCACUUGAGCCACGCUCCAUCUGCAGUGCCGGACGUGAACAGCAUUAGAACCGUCAACGCGUACGACCAAACCACAAAAGAACUCGUUAGUGUGUGGGCAUCGAGUUACACGGUUCUCAUCACCGACAUCCCGUACGUUCGAGCCGUAAACGAGGAUGGCGAUGAAGUCAAAGUGAGAGGCUUGCGUCAAGUUGAGGCGACCCUUGAAUACAUUUACGGCGACGAGUUCAGAGGGUUAAUUCCGGUCUUUGAUCAUCGACCGGUAGACGCGCUUUUGGACAGUUACGACGCGUGCAAGAACGCUCUGACGCGAGUCAAGUUGAGGAUGGCGCGCGAAGGUAUCUUGCCUGAAGUGACUCUCCCCGGCAUCGCGUACAAAUUCGGGAAGCGACUGUGUGCGGUGAAGGAUCGCGAGGAGGAUCCGUGGAUGAAUUGGUCAGCCUUUACAUGUCUGUUUUCAGAUUUAUUGCGACGACCAAAAAAGCUGAACAAACUGUCGCUACCCGAGCAGGUGGUGACUUUGGAGGCGCAGUUACGGGCGCUUGAUGAGUCCAUCGUUACUCUUCGCAAGAUGACCUGGGAUGCGCCCCCCGGACCGAGCUGUUUCGCGGUAUUUGAGAACCAGCUCGCCGCAAGUACGGCGGCACAGUGCGUGAUUUCCCGUGCGUCGCAUAGAAUAUAUAGAGCUCUACCGGCACCCGGUCCGGACGACAUAAACUGGCAGACGCUUCUUCGAACUACGACUGAGAAUCGUCGCCGAGCGUUGAUGGUGUGGCCCAUUAUUUUAUUUUUGAUGAUGUUUCCCACUGGUAUGUUCUCCACGACGGUGACGAGCUUCUGCAAGUUGCGUGAAGAAGAAGGUUUCAUCGGUGGUAGCACGUUGGGAUGGUACUGCUCAGCUGACGGCAAAUAUGCCCGAUCGAUAAUUUCCGGCGUGCUCCCACCGGUGCUUCUCACGCUGUGGGAGGUGUUCGUCAUCUCCUUUUACAUGCUCUACUUGGUUCAAAAGCAGAACACACACGUGUCGUUAUCGGCAACAGAUCGACGGUUUUUGCGAUUCUACUUCGCUUGGAGCGCUGUGAACGUUGUUGUCGGUGGUAUAUUCGGUGGAUCACUCGCUUUGUUCACGACAACGCUCGGCAAAUCUGAUGUCACCUUUUCCGAAGUGCAGCAGCAGUUUGGUCGCGUGGUUCCGCUGAGCAGUAACUUCUUCCUGCUUUUCAUCGUGUUCAGAGCGGUGUAUCUUCCCGUGCAGAGGCUGUUACUGCCUCAUCCCGGCUCGAUCUGUCUCGCCUUGGAUAUAUUCUGGUGUCAAAAGCGCGGCACGUGCGCCAGGACCGCGAGGGAUAGGACGCUUUUGUACUCUCCGCGGGCCGUGCGCAUGGGUCGCGAAAUUGGCGUCUUCUUGCUAAUCAUGCUUAUCGGGCUGACAUUCGUGAACAUUGCUCCUCUCAUCCCGUCCGUGUGCGUGUUGUUUUACAUCACGAACUUUGUGAUCUGGCGCUACCACGUCUUGUACGUAUACGAGCGUGGAUACGAGUCCAACGGCGCAGUGUGGUUCGUGUUCACCCAGCUCGUCCUCCUCUCCCUUCUCAUCGCCCAGACGUUCUUGUCGUGCGUUCUAUUCAGUAAAGAAGCCUACAUCCAGGGCGGCAUCUUGUACCUCACCGUACCCCAGUACCUGUUCCGAGUGUAUAACAAGCUGCGCUCCGAGUACGGCUCCGCCUCGUCCUGGAGCGUCCCGCUCAGCGAGGCCACCGCCGCGCCGCCGACGGAUUUCGGUGGCGAAGUCUACACCCAUCCCGCCCUCAGACCUGCCGCCAACGGGUGGUUCCCAGACAUCGGUAAGAUCUGGAAGGGCUAUCCCGGCGUGACGUCCAAGAAUAACUCGUAG